UAUAAGAAAGAAUAAUAUAAAAGAGAGAGAAGAGGAGAGGCGGAUAGAGAGAAGAGUAGCAGGAAAAAAAAAAAAGAGAACAGGGAGGUGCAUGCUGCAAAUCUUUGGGUGUUCGUAUGACGAGCAAAACGAGUUAUGUUUUGCGUGAAAAUUAAGGAAUAAACUUUAAGGUCAACCCUUUGACCUGAUAUCACUAGUCGGAUUCUGAGUUGCCUUGGGUGUGACUAUAAUGGAUUUUCUUCUCCAAUGCCUAAACCCUGUCAUGGUUGGAGCGUUUGCAAUACUCGUCCUCUCAUACCACCUGUUAUUAUGGAGGUCUGGAGCUGGUAAGAGCAGAAUGGCACCUGAAGCUUCUGGUGCAUGGCCCAUAAUAGGCCACCUGCACCUGUUAGGUGGAUCUAAGAAUUUGCCUCACUUACUUUUUGGAACCAUGGCCGACAAGUAUGGACCAGUAUUCAGCAUCCGGCUGGGAUUAAAAAGAGCUGUGGUUGUGAGUAGUUGGGAAAUGGCCAAAGAAUGCUUCACCACCCAUGACCUGGCUCUGGCCUCCCGUCCUGAGCUUGUGGCCGCCAAAUAUUUGGGAUAUAACUAUGCCAUGUUUGGUUUAUCUCCUCACGGUGCAUACUGGCGUGAAGUGCGUAAGAUAGCCACUCUAGAGCUACUCUCGAACCGCCGGCUAGAGUUGCUGAAGAAUGUCCGAAUCUCAGAGGUGGAGACAUGCAUGAAGGAACUAUACGAGCUUUGGGCAAAGAAGAAAAGCGAAGCAGGCGUUGUUUUGGUGGACAUGAAGCAAUGGUUUGGGCACUUGUCUCUGAACGUGAUUCUUAAGAUGGUUGUUGGAAAACGAUAUUUCGGUUAUGCAGCCGAAAGUAAAGAGAAAGAGGCCCAGCAGUUCCAGAAGGCGAUUAGGGAAUUCUUUCGUUUGAUGGGACUCUUUGUGGUGUCGGAUGCCAUUCCUUUUCUUGGAUGGCUUGACGUGGGUGGACAUGUGAAAGCCAUGAAGAAGACUGCAAAAGAAUUGGACGGUAUUACUCAGGAAUGGUUAGAGGAACACCGACGGCGAAAAGAUUCGGGUGAAGCUGAUGGUGACCAGGACUUCAUGGACGUGAUGCUGUCCAUUCUGGGUGGUAGAGACACUACUGAUUAUGAUGCUGAUACCAUCAACAAAGCUACAUCCCUGGUUAUGAUUGGAGGAGGCGCUGACACUACAUCUGGUACUUUAACAUGGGCAGUCUCACUUUUAUUGAACAAUCCACACAUAUUAAGAAAAGCUCAAGAAGAAUUGGAUGCUCAUGUUGGUAAAGAAAGACUAGUAAAUGAAAUGGAUAUAAGCAAGUUGGUUUACCUUCAAGCAAUUGUUAAAGAGACAUUGAGGUUAAAUCCAAUAGCCCCACUUUCAGGACCGCGUCAAUUCAUCCAAGAUUCUAUUUUAGGUGGUUACCAUAUCUCAAAAGGCACUCGUCUUAUAUUGAACCUUACCAAGAUUCAAAGAGACCCGAGAGUAUGGUUGAACCCAAUGGAGUUCCAACCAGAUAGAUUCCUCACCACCCACAAAGAUGUUGAUGUUAGAGGUAAACAUUUUGAGUUGACACCAUUUGGUGGUGGAAGAAGAAUUUGCCCUGGAAUAGUUUUUGCCCUUCAAGUGCUACACUUAACAUUAGCCAACUUCCUGCAUAGAUUUCAACUUUCAACUCCAUCAGAUGCACCGGUUGAUAUGAGCGAGGGUUUUGGAUUAACAAACAUCAAAUCCACUCCACUUGAAGUUCUUAUCUCCCCACGCUUAGCUUCUUAUGAUCUUUAUGAGUAGAAUUUGAGGUCGCUAAGAGACUUAUUUCAAAAAACCUAGUACUAUGAAAUGUGAAAUAAAAAUAAAUUUCAUAGCAUAAGUUUAGUAUUAUUUUAAAAUAGUUACUAAUGUCUGUCCUUUAAUAUUGUCUUAGCUUGAAUUUAAUGAAAAAUAUUUUCGACA